UUGCAGUGAGCCACUGUGCAGAGAGAGAUACAUUACUGGUAAUGAAAUUUACCUUUUCCUAAGGUUCAAGAUGGAAAACCAUAAACAGGAUAAUACUGCCAAGGAAAACUUAAUUUUUAAUAUUAUAAACAGAAAAAUUAACCAACUUCCAGAAGCAGAAAGGCACCUACUUGAGUAUGGAUCCACAUUCAUUGGAAUUAAUGCUGCUUUCAGUGGUCUAAUAGCAAACAGUCUCUUUCGACGCAUUUUAAAUGUGACCAAAGGAUGUAUAGUUUCUAGCAUACCUAUGGCAGUGGUCCCAUUUUUUACAGCAGAUGUGUCUUACAAAGGUUUUAUAAGUUUACCUUUAAGUACAGGUGAUUUGAAUUGUGAAACCUGUACCAUAAUUCGUGGAGGGCUGGUUGGUUUUAUAUUGGGUGGUCUAUACCCUGUUUUCUUGGCUAUACCUGUAAAUGGUGGGCUAGCAGCCAGGUAUAGCUCAGUUUUGUUACCUGAAAAAACAAAUAUCCUAGUUUACUGGAUUGGGAUUUCCAAGCCUGUCUUUAGAAAGAUGCUAUUUCCCAUGUGGCUUCAAACUAUGUUUACAGCCUAUCUUGGAUCUAUUCUAGACAAUAUAAACUACUUAUAA